ACCCCAUCGUUGCCGGGACAGCGGUCAACACCGAAGCCUGCAGCAGGGGAGGGUGCGGCCAGCCUCGGCCUGUGUAACCCAUUGUUUGUAAAGAGCCACUGGCCGCAGAAGCCACCAAGCUCUCAAGCCAGCUGUGGGUUCUUUGCUGAGGAACGAGCCUGGAAAGUAAGAGAGAAAAUGAAAACAAGGAGGGAGGCUGACCCGGGCCAUACACGGUGACCAUGAAGCAGGACGCCAUCUCCCCGACGGGUGGGCGGAGGACUCGGCUACUCCCCUGGCCAUACAAGGCUUGGCCAGAGCUCUCACGGGGCCACACCCCUUGUGUCACCCUUGCCCUCCCAGCUGGGUGCUCUACAGAUGUGAGACACAAGCCAGUAACACCAGCAAGAAAGGAGCUUGCCGAGGGCGGCGUCUGGAGAAGGUUCUCGGGAGGCUGUCAGAAAUGAGUUUCUCACUGAACUUCACACUGCCGACCAACACGACUUCCUCCCCAGUUGUUACAGGUGCGAAAGAAGCAGACUGUGGGCCUUCUCUUGGGUUAGCAGCCGGCAUCCCGUCCCUGGUGGCCGCAGCCCUGCUGGUGGCUUUACUGUUUAUACUGAUUCGCCGAAGAAGCAGCAGCAAGGAGUCCGCCGAGGAAAGUGAGAGGCCAUGUGAAAUUUCAGAAAUCUAUGACAAUCCCAAGAUUGCUGAGAAUCCUAGGAGGUCACCCACACAUGAGAAGAAUAUUACAGGAGCAGAAGAAGCCCACAUAUAUGUGAGGACUGUAGCAGGAAGUGAGGAACCCAUGCAUGACACUUACCGUCCUACUGUUGAAACGGAGAGAAGAAGGGGAUUGUGGUGGCUUAUGCCCAGACUGAGUCUGGAAUGA